UUUAUUAUUUGGCAACACUGCUACUAUAUUCGAGAAACAAAAGUGUGACUGACUUGCUAUUGCUAAAGGGAUAUUGUGUUUAAUUUUCAAAAUAUAUAUUAAAAAUGUCGACACUCGCAGCACCAUUGUCCGUUGCAGGAACACGAUCUUCGGGAGCUCCAGUUAGGACUCAGAAUGUGAUGGCUGCAGCAGCGAUAGCUAACAUAGUAAAGAGCUCACUUGGUCCAGUUGGUUUGGACAAGAUGCUGGUAGAUGAUAUUGGUGAAGUCACAGUCACAAAUGAUGGAGCCACUAUAUUAAAGAUGCUGGAAGUGGAACACCCCGCAGCCAAAGUACUGGUAGAGCUGGCACAGCUUCAGGAUGAGGAAGUUGGUGAUGGUACUACAUCAGUUGUUAUAAUUGCAGCUGAACUCCUUAAGAGUGCUGAUGAACUGGUAAAGAACAAAAUUCAUCCAACCAGUAUUAUUUCUGGCUACCGUCUAGCUUGCAAGGAGGCAGUGAAAUACAUUCAGGACAACCUCACUGUUACUGUAGAAUCACUUGGCAGACCGUCCAUCAUUAAUGCUGCGAAGACCACAAUGUCAUCUAAGCUUAUUGGAGCUGAUGCAGAUUUCUUCUCCGAAAUGAUAGUAGAUGCAGCACAAGCUAUAAAAAUCACAGACUCCAAAGGGAAUGCUCAAUAUCCAAUCAAAGCCGUGAAUAUACUCAAAGCUCACGGUCGCAGUGCAAGGGAGAGUGUACUUGUGAAGGGUUAUGCUCUCAACUGCACAGUCGCUUCCCAAGCCAUGCCGAAGAAGAUUCUUAACGCGAAGAUAGCGUGUUUAGACUUCUCAUUACAGAAAACUAAGAUGAAGAUGGGUGUUCAAGUGCUGGUCACUGACCCGGAAAAACUAGAAGCUAUUCGAGCCAGAGAACUGGAUAUCACCAAGGAGCGUCUUCAAAAGAUUCUGGCGACAGGAGUAAACGUCAUACUCUGCAGUGGCGGUAUUGAUGAUCUCUGCCUCAAGUAUUUCGUUGAAGCCGGCGCUAUGGGCGUCAGGCGAUGCAAAAAGGCUGACCUCAAAAGGAUUGCGAAAGCUACCGGUGCUGCGUUCUUGACAUCCCUUACUAACAUGGAGGGAGAGGAAGUUUUCGAGGCAAGCAUGAUUGGUGAGGCGGCUGAAGUGGUCCAAGAGCAGAUUUGUGAUGAUCAACUCAUCUUAAUUAAGGGGCCUACCGCUCGCACGGCGGCAUCGCUGAUACUGCGCGGGCCGACGGACGCGUACUGCGACGAGAUGGAGCGGUCGGCGCACGACGCGCUGUGCGCCGUGCGGCGCGUGCUCGAGUCGGGCCGCCUGGUGCCCGGCGGCGGCGCCGUCGAGGCCGCGCUCUCCAUCUACCUGGAGAACUUCGCCACCACGCUGAGUUCCCGGGAACAAUUGGCCAUUGCGGCAUUCGCGCAAUCUCUCCUGGUGAUACCGAAGACACUAGCAGUAAACGCGGCUCGGGAUGCCACCGACCUUGUAGCGAAACUACGCGCCUACCACAAUUCAUCACAAACUAAGGUUGAACAUGCGAACCUCAAAUGGGUAGGUCUAGAUCUCGCGGAAGGGUCACUCCGCGAUAACUUAGCCGCUGGCGUGCUAGAACCGGCCAUCUCCAAGAUAAAGUCCCUCAAGUUCGCAACAGAAGCUGCCAUCACCAUCCUACGCAUCGAUGACAUGAUCAAACUGGAUCCGGAACAGAGAGGCAAGAGCUACGAAGAUGCGUGCAACGCCGGGGAAUUAGACUAACUUAUAGUGUAGUGAAGUCGGUGCUCAGUUUACUAUAAAAAUAAGGGCUGCCCCUAAGUAGAAUAGAAUAGCUUAUAUCUAUUGACGUUUACUCGAAUAAGUUUCAAUAGUUAAUUUUUAUCUUACAACCGCCUCAUUCAUAUAUAACUAUAUAUAAUUUGAUUAUACAAACUACUAGCAAAGUACUAAUAUAUGUAAAGUUAAGUUACAUAAUGAAAUCGGUAUAAUAUACAUAGAAUACCUACCAGUUUUUGAUCUAAAUUAUGACGGCUAAGCUGAGAUGCCCUCAGAUUAAAGGUGUAUCCGUCAGGCGGUAGUUGGCCUUCAGC